AUGUCAAACAGUGACCUCGAUGCAGCAAAGGCUACCCCAAAGUCCAAAGGCAAGGCUAAAGCUGGCACCAUCGUGAGACGAAUGCGUGACCUUGUUCCAUUUCGUGAGUCGAAUGGUUCAAUCGAACUUGGAAGUGGAACUGCCGGGACCGUCUAUCUUUUCCGCCACGCCAAGACCAAUGAGCCAGUCGCCCUCAAGGUCAUCGCUCUUCCUCCUGGAGGCGUUGACGGAAAUAGGAAAUCCGCAAUCGAGAAGCUCCAGAAUGAAAUGAAAAUCAUCCAGAGGUUGGGAUGCAUGGAGUGGUUCCCGAGUUCUACGGAUGCUGCAAGAUGGCAAGGGCCCAAGCUGGACAAAGACGCCUGGAUGAAUGUCAUGUUGGAUAUAGCAGAUGGACUCACAGUGAUGCACAAGAAGGGCUUCUUGUGCAAUGAUCUCAAGGAGGACAAUGUGCUCCUGGUGAAGUCUGGAGGAGAGUGGCGAGCUAAGAUCAUUGAUUUCGGAUGCCACGCAAAGCGUGACUACAAGUAUAGUCAGGCAUACAACUACAUUGCUCCUGAGUGUGCUCUCAAAGGAAAGGGUUUCUCCGUAAGCAGUGAUGUUUAUUCCUUGGGAAGACUUGCAGCCUUCGUUGGCCAGGAGAUGCCUGGUCUGAAAGAACUUGGGGACUAUGGUUUCAACAUCUACUCCAGCCCCCGAGGGAAGAGGCCAUCACUUCAGGAGUUCAGCAAGGAGAUUAACUAUCUGAGAUCUCGUACCAAUGAGAGUGAUUCAGACGAAGACCUUAUGAAGCUAGAGGUCAUCAAGGAGCACACUCGAUUCCAGAUAUGGGCAUUGGCAGGACAGCGCGGUACCUGA